AUGGCUACCCCAUCCCAAUCCAAUGCCGAUCUCGUUGACUCCACCGACAAACCCAAAACUACCGGCCGCUCAACUAGAGCAGCCUCCAAAAACCUUCAGCUUGCGGAAGAGAGCACUAAAGGUGCUAGCACCUCAGCUGUUCCUCCUGCGAAGGGAAAAGCGACGGCCACGUCACCGAUCGUUGAAGAGAGCGCUAAGGGUGCUAGCACCCCAGCGGUUCCUUCCGUGAAAGGUAAAUUGGCGGUUACAUCGCAAACCAAACCUAUCAAGCCUGGGGCAUCCUCACAGAAAGCCCCAGCUCUAAUCCCUCUUCCUCAGUCGGGUGUCAGCGCGCCGCAAGGCAGCGUUGUACUGAUUAUGAUCAACCCUCCUGGUCCGAACCUCACGAUGCUGCAGGAGACAGGUCAAAUCCUCUCGGAUGCACCUUCCCUUACGUACUUAACUAUGAUUUCGAGCAUCUCUACGCUAGGCCACAAGAGCCCUAGGGGAUCCCAACGUAUCUUCGAAGGGAUCCCGACCUAUGAGGACGUCUUAAUCUAUGACGAACCCCUCUCUAUUUCCUUAGCUCGUUACCAUCCUCGUUUCAACCCCGCUGUAGAUGAUGACCCACUGAUCUUCUUCGGCGGCAUCGACGGGAAGCUCCCUGGGAAAUCCCUGGAGGAUUCUCAAGGAAUUCGUGACCUCUUAUGGCGAUGGUCAGCGCCUCACGUCCAGGGAUUAUGGGUUAACCUCCCUACGAUGAUCGACAGCUUUCCUCAAGUUCGCUUAACCCCGGAAUACAUCCAUGAACUCACAGUGGACUCAGUGAAAUACUACUCGGUACCUUCUGUUCUACUGGAGGAAAUAGCUCAACUCUACUUAGCUAUGUACCAAAUCCUUCAUGCCUUCCAGACUCUUUUGGGAGAAGGCGACUGUCAACUCUUCGCUUUCGACCCAGAAUGGAAGAUGCUACAUUUGUUAGCCUGGCACACCAACAAGAAAGAUAUCCUGCUUACCUUUGUAGUAUUACAACGACGUUGCCAAGUCUGUAAUUCGCACAUUAAGGAAUACUUCAAUGCCAUGAGGAAGAUUUUCCUGCAAUCUGACGAACAACAAUCGGUCAGCACGUUGUACUCAACUAGGCCAUCCGUCCGUUCCCGAUUUGGCCAGGACGAAGCCCACGAAGAAGUAGGGAAACUCCUUCUACGAUCAGACUACGAAGCUGAGGUCCCAGCCGCGUAUCGCGAUGGAGUCAGUCGUCUAACGGAAGCUGCCGUAGCAGCCGCUAAUAGGAUGAAUGAGAGAGUACCUACGGUUUUUUAUAAAGACCCUCGUGCUCGCGUCGACAACACGCCCCCUACCGGAGCGGUUGUUGCUGCACGUUCAGCGAGCAACGCUAGUUACAAGGUCAGAGCGCUAGAUCAAGUGUUCGCUAAAUUACCUACAUCAAGGGAUCUCUACGCCACCUCCCAGUCCAAUCGAGCCUUCUCACUGCUCGCACCUUCGAUUGCUCCUACCACUCAAUACGCUCCAUCAGCGGUUCCGACGAUCGCCACUCAAAGCGUCAAAGUACCGAUGCCAGCCUCCAUUUCGGUUGUCGCUCAUAGGCGUCAUGCCAUCUCCACUAUGCCUGGCUUGGGUAAAAUAGAAUUGCCAGCAGGUGACGCUCCCGCUGCAGCGCCAGUGGUAAACACGGGCGUUGAGCAGGGUUCCCAAGCCGUAGCGAAGCCCACGCCAACCGUGUGGUUCGCCAGCCGGCAAACGCCUCCCCAUUUAGCUACUACAGCACCUGAACAACCACCAGCUCCAGCCAGCAGCGCGCCUUCGCGUUGGACCAGCUAUCAGUUCAAAGAUAAUCGCCCGAUACCAUCGCCCAGCGAUGAUGAUCUGAGGUCCCCUAGUGACCCUCCCUCAGGAGGAGGUCCACCUGAUGACGACCCGGGCAACAACGGUCCAGGCGGCGGUGGUCCUAAUGGCGGCAGCGGCGGUCCCAAUGGCGGGCCUCCUGGAGGCCCUCCUGGCGGUCCUCCCAGAGGAAGCGGAGAUCCUUCUCCUGGUAACCCCUCUGGAUGGACGGGGUACUCACCCUUCCCUUACUCGGAUGAGUGGCAGCUGAAUCAUAAGCUCAACUCAUCUGUCGUGCCCGCCUGGGAUGGUCAUGGCUCCACGGCUAUUGACUAUAUCAGUUCUAUGUCAUUCCUGGCUAGAAUGAGUGACAAAAUGAAGGAAGGUGUAGCCGCCAUGGCCCCGUAUAAGUGGUCAGGCCAUGCGAAGAGCUGGUGGGAAUGUCUUCCAUUAACGGACCAAACGUACUUUCGUCAAGACUGGGAACACAUGAUGAUCGGUCUUCAUGUCCAGUUCCUCGACCUACGUUGGUCGCGUGAAAGGCUUUACGAGUUCGAAGCCAUGUUCUUCCAUCAAAAAGGGCAUACCACCGAAGAUCCCAUCGACUUCAUACAACGUAGAGUCCGUCACCAUAUGUUCCUUCACCCUGACGAUCAGGACGGUCCAGGUGCGGUUGACCGCAUUUUGCGUAACCAACCCAUCGAAUGGGAAAAGGACCUCAAUGACGUGAAUUGCCCUUCCAUCUUCGCGCUACAAAGUGCGGCCAGUCGUUUGGCCACCAGUCUCAUUAAUGACUGGCAAAGCAGCGAGAUUCGCGCUCGAAAUACAGCAGUAGGCCAAGGAGACAAGCCCUCUGUUCCGGGCAAGGGACGUUAUGGGCGAACAGCACAUAACGUUUCUUUAGAUCCUCCUACUGGACCUCCAGCCCUAAUUCAUGACGAAGGCAGUGACUCGAGCACGGACGAGAGCGCCGAAGCUUUUGCAGCGACUUUCCGUAAGCGCAACGAGAAGGGUAGCGCGGCCAGUUCAUCAAAGUGGCCGAGGGGCAAAGUCAUGAACGGCGUAUCCUUCCCAAGGGAUGAUAGUGUUAAGAGUGCUAAGCCCCCUACCAACGGCGCUUGCUUCAUUUGCGAUAGUCCUUACCACUAUGCCAGAGACUGUAGUCACUACGGAAAGUGGGAUGGUCUCCGUAACGCCAAUUUGAUAGACGUAGAUUUAGAUCACGAACUGGAGGCCGCUCACGACAGAGAGUACUUAGCUAUGAUUGUUGAAACACAGGCUGAGGCCUCUUCUUCCACUUAUAUCGCUGGACUGAGUAAGACCUCGAAGGAAGCGUUCUGCAUGAGCGCUGAACUUACUGGAGCAAAAGCGUUACACGCCAAGAAAACAUUCAUGACGGAUAACCGAAACAUUCGUUGA